CAUCAGUAGUGUAAGAGAAAGCUGCUGCACCGAAAUGAUCAGAAGACUGGCUGUUUUGAUUCUACUUAGUACCAUGUACCUGAUUCAAACUGCAGAGGUUCCUCACCAGAUCUCUUUGACUGUGGUUGAAGUUGGUAGAAAUGUAACAUUGGAGUGUCCAGUUCCUGAGACAGAAGCCAAAUUCUUUUACUGGUACAAGCAUUCUCUUGGAUAUAUGGUCCAACGUGUCGUUGCUGGAAUUGUUGGCAAAUUAACUAUUGGUAAACAAUUUAACAACCCACGUUUCACAGCUACAAAAAGAGAUGCUCAGUAUUUUCUUACCAUUACAAAUAUCAGCAAAGAGGAUGAAGCAACAUACUUCUGUCACUAUGGAGCAACAUAUACAGAGGGUUACGUCAAUGGCACCUUCUUGGCUGUGAACGAUCGUCAUCAGUCUAAAGCUCUCUACGUGAAACAAAGUCCGGAGACUGAGUCGGUCCAGCCGGGUGACUCAGUGACUCUCCAGUGUUCACUUCUCUCCAAGACCAAAGGAAACACAGAUCAGUGUCCAGGUGAACACAGUGUGUACUGGUUCAGAUCUGGAUCAGGAGAAUCUCACCCAGGCAUCAUUUACACUCACAGUGAUGACGAAGAGGAAAGAAGUUGUGUCUACAGUCUGUCCAAAACUAUACAGAACUCGUCUGAUACUGGGACUUACUACUGUGCUGUGGUCACGUGUGGAGAGAUCCUGUUUGGUGAAGGAACUAAAGUGGAGACAAGAUCAGAACUGGAGCCAGUUGUCCUUGUUCUUGGAGUCCUGUUGGCCUGCUGUGUGACUGUAAUCGCCGCCCUUAUUUUCUACGGAAAUCGAAGGAAAGUUUGUGAACAUUGCAAAGGAGCAUUGAGUGCCUCCCAUCAUCGUGAUAUUGUCAGGUCAACUGUGGAUCCAUCAAAUUAUCUGGAUGGUGAAGCAAGGGCAAUGAACUACACAGGACUGGAUUCCUCAACAAGGGAAGUGAAAAUAGGGAAGAGGAAGAAGAGAGAGUCACCAGCAGAGUACCAGAUUCAAACUGCAGAGGUUCCUCACCAGAUCUCUUUGACUGUGGUUGAAGUUGGUAGAAAUGUAACUUUGGAGUGUCCAGUUUCUGAAAAGGGAGGCAAAUUCUUUCACUGGUACAAGCAGCCUCUUGGAUAUACAUUCCAAAGUGUCGUUGCUGAAACUCAUGGCAAAUUAACUAUUAGAAAAGAAUUUAACAACUCACGUUUCACAGCUACAAAAAGGGAUGCUCAGUAUUUUCUUACCAUUACAAAUAUAAGCAAAGAGGAUGAAGCAACAUACUUCUGUCACUAUGGAGCGAUACAUACAGAGAGUUCCAAUGGCUUCUUCUUGGCUGUGAACGAUCAUAAUCAGCAGAAAUCUGUCUAUGUGAAACAAAGUCCGGAGACUGAGUCGGUCCAGCCGGGUGACUCAGUGACUCUCCAGUGUUCACUUCUCUCCAAGACCAAAGGAAACACAGAUCAGUGUCCAGGUGAACACAGUGUGUACUGGUUCAGAUCUGGAUCAGGAGAAUCUCACCCAAGCAUCAUUUACACUCACAGUGAUGAAGAAGAGGAAAGAAGUUGUGUCUACAGUCUGUCCAAAACUAUACAGAACUCCUCUGAUACUGGGACUUACUACUGUGCUGUGGUCACGUGUGGAGAGAUCCUGUUUGGUGAAGGAACUAAAGUGGAGACAAGAUCAGAACUGGAGCCAGUUGUCCUUGUUCUUGGAGUCCUGUUGGCCUGCUGUGUGACUGUAAUCGCCGCCCUUAUUUUCUACAGAAAUCAAAGGAAUGUUUUUGAGCAUUUCAAAGACAUCAGUAGUGUAAGACAAAGCUGCUGCACCACAAUGAUCAGAAGACUGGCUGUUUUGAUUCUACUUAGUACCACGUACCUGAUUCAAACUGCAGAGGUUCCUCACCAGAUCUCUUUGACUGUGGUUGAAGUUGGUAGAAAUGUAACUUUUGAGUGUCCAGUUUCUGAAAAGGGAGGCAAAUUCUUUCACUGGUACAAGCAGCCUCUUGGAUAUACAUUCCAAAGUGUCGUUGCUGAAACUCAUGGCAAAUUAACUAUUAGAAAAGAAUUUAACAACUCACGUUUCACAGCUACAAAAAGGGAUGCUCAGUAUUUUCUUACCAUUACAAAUAUAAGCAAAGAGGAUGAAGCAACAUACUUCUGUCAUUAUGGAGCGAUAUAUACAGAGAGUUCCAAUGGCUUCUUCUUGGCUGUGAACGAUCAUAAUCAGCAGAAAUCUGUCUAUGUGAAACAAAGUCCGGAGACUGAGUCGGUCCAGCCGGGUGACUCAGUGACUCUCCAGUGUUCACUUCUCUCCAAGACCAAAGGAAACACAGAUCAGUGUCCAGGUGAACACAGUGUGUACUGGUUCAGAUCUGGAUCAGGAGAAUCUCACCCAGGAAUCAUUUACACUCACAGUGAUGAAGAAGAGGAAAGAAGUUGUGUCUACAGUCUGUCCAAAACUAUACAGAACUCUGAUACUGGGACUUACUACUGUGCUGUGGUCACGUGUGGAGAGAUCCUGUUUGGUGAAGGAACUAAAGUGGAGACAAGAUCAGAACUGGAGCCAGUUGUCAUUGUUCUUGGAGUCCUGUUGGCCUGCUGUGUGACUGUAAUCGCCGCCCUUAUUUUCUACGGAAAUCAAAGGAAAGUUUGUGAAGAUUGCAAAGGAGCAUUGAGUGCCUCCCAUCAUCGUGAUAAUGACAGGUCAACUGUGGAUCAAUCAAAUGAUCUGGAUGGUGAAGCAAGGGCAAUGAACUACGCAGGACUGGAUUUCUCAACGAGAAAAGUGAAAAGAGGGAAGAGGAAGAAGAGAGAGUCACCACCAGAGUGUGUGUACUCUGUUGUUAGAGCAGAUAACCACAACCAGCACCAGCCCUCUCUGUAG